AUGGGUAAUACCACAAGUGCUGUGGCUCAGCGAUGCUUGCUAGACGCUGUGGGAAACGACGCGUCUCUAGUCGCUUUCCCGACAGCAUUACUGUAUGAAUCAGUCGACGUGAAUCCUUAUAACCUCGAUUAUCCCGUGACCCCAGCUGCUGUCACGUUUCCUGAAUCUGCCGACCAAGUAGCCGCUAUCGUUAAAUGCGCCGUGGAUGCAGAUGCUAAGGUGCAAGCAAAAAGUGGCGGUCAUAGCUAUGCUAAUUAUGACAAGCAGUACUCAUCUGGUGAUGCUACAGGACUCGGAGGCGAAGACGGCGCGAUUGUCGUUGACAUGAGACAUUUCCAACAAUUUUCAUACGACCCAACCACUCAAUAUGCGACUAUCGGUGCCGGUACACUGCUCGGGGAUAUCGAUACAAAACUUCACGAUGCUGGUAAUCGUGCCAUGACUCAUGGCACCUCUCCGCAGGUCGGUAUUGGCGGACAUGCCACAAUUGGAGGACUUGGACCGACUGCUAGACAAUACGGAAUGGCAUUGGAUCAUAUUGAAUCGGCUCAAGUUGUUUUGGCAAAUUCCAGUAUUGUGACUGCGUCGACAACCGAGUACCCCGAUAUCUUCUAUGCUAUAAGAGGCGCUGGCGCAAGCUUUGGCGUCGUUACCGAAUUCACAGUUCGCACGGAAGCUGAGCCCGGCACCGCGGUCCAAUAUCAAUUCACAUUCAACCUAGGAGACACAAGUUCGCGUGCCAACACGUUCAAGGCAUGGCAGAAUUUCAUAUCUGAUCCCACCCUGCCUAGAGAAUUUUCAUGUCAGCUUGUCUUAGCUGAAAAUUUACUAUUGAUCGAGGGCGAAUUCUUCGGGUCGCUCGCCGAUUUUGAGGCCCUUCAGUUGGAAAGCAAGUUCCCGGCCAACCAAGGCUACAACGUCACAGUAUUUAACGACUGGCUUGCUCUCGUCGCCGCGUGGGGCGUACAACUUGGCGAAGACCUCACCGGAGGAAUUCCAGCACAUUUCUACAGUAAAUCGCUUCCAUUCACCAACACUACCCUCAUCCCGGAUAACGUUGUCGAUGACUUUUUCGAGUACAUCGACACAGCAGACAAAGACACUUUGCUAUGGUUCAUUAUUUUCGAUCUUGAGGGAGGCGCAAUUAGCGACGUACCUGUACAUGCAACCUCGUACGGCCACCGGGAUGCAUUGUUCUGGUUGCAAUCAUAUGCCAUCAAUCUUCUUGGGCCGGUGUCUGCCACGACGAAUACCUUUUUGAACCAAGUCAACAAUGUUUUUCUCGAUGGCAUGCCAAAUGCAACUUUUGGUGCAUACCCUGGAUACGUCGACCGAGAACUGGCAAAUGGACCAGAACAAUACUGGGGACCCAACCUGGAGACGCUCAUAGCGAUAAAGUCUACUAUCGAUCCUCAGGACAUUUUCCAUAAUCCGCAAAGCGUUCCUCUGCAAUAA